AUGUGCUCUCAAAAAGACAAGACGAUCGCUAAACUCGAAGCUGACUUCGCCUGGGUCCCCAGGGACGUGGAAAAGAAGGACAUGACGACGUUCCUGAAGAACGGGCCCAAGAAUCGGUCACCGGAUGUGCCAUGCGUCGACAAGUCGCGCGUCAUCCUGUGGCACAAGGGCCCGAACUACAUCCACGCCAAUAAACUGUACCCGAGCUUCGAGUCGAUUCUCAUCUGCGCGCAGUUGCCGACCAGCGAGACCGUGGACGACCACUGGCUGAUGAUCCUGCAGGCAGAUUGCCGAGACAUCAUAACGCUCAGCGACCCCAGUGAAAGCGGCAAGUUCACCCCCUACUGGCCGACCCGCGAAAACCCAGUGAAGAAGUUUGGCGACUUCAAAAUCCAAUGGGAGUCUACCAACGACUACUGGUGGUUCCUCUCGCGUGACGAGGUCCCGAAGUCCAACUACGCGGUCAAGCGGUCCACAUAUGAGGUGUGGCUGGAUGGAAAGAAAAUACGCAACAUUGAACACUAUCACUGCACGGACUGGCCGGCGGGCGGGGUGACCCGAGACCUUGCUGGCCCCAUCGAACUGCUCGAGGAUAUGUCAUUGACUAGGCAGCCGAUCCUCAUCGAAUCGUUGCUGGGCGUCGGCCGCCCCGGCGUACUGGCCUUGUUGAAGCACGCGCUCGACCACGUCAAAAGCGACAUGCAUAUCGGACCACUGGAGGACAACCUCCGAUCGAUGCGCGAGCUUCGGGCCCACCUCGUCGAGACGCCCUGGCAGUUCAUCUACGUGUACAUGGCCCUCCUCCAGCACUUUGAGCAGCUCCCUGGUCGCGGGUUCACCGACGAGAUGAAGAAGAAGUUCAAGGAUGAAUGGGCGCCCGCCUACCACAAGUACGCCAAGGAGGCCGAGGCCCAGCUGAAGCGAGAUGCGGCGAAGAAGAAG